GAAAACCAGGAUUUGUCCUCAUGGCUCUAAAUAAAUCAAUGCAUCCUCGGAACCGGUAUAAGGACAAACCUCCAGACUUCGCCUACUUGGCCUCUAAAUACCCGGACUUCCAGCAGCAUGUCCACACCAGCCUCACAGGAAGACCCAUUGUGAACUUUAAAGAACCGGAGGCGGUGCGAGCGCUGACCUGCACGCUGCUGAAGGAAGACUUCGGGUUGACCAUCGAGAUUCCUCUGGAGCGCCUCAUCCCUACGGUCCCUCUGCGCCUCAACUACAUCCACUGGGUGGAGGACCUGAUCGACGGCCAGAAGCAGCAACGCCGGGGCAUCGACAUCGGCACCGGAGCGUCCUGUAUAUACCCCUUACUGGGAGCCACAAUGAACGGCUGGUACUUCCUCGCUACAGAAGUGGACGACAUCUGCUUCGCCUACGCCAAGAAGAACGUGGAGCAGAACAACCUGUCAGACCUGGUUAAAGUUGUAAAAGUCCCGCAGAAGACUUUACUGAUGGACGCCUUGAAAGAAGAGACAGAAAUGAUCUAUGAUUUUUGCAUGUGCAAUCCACCGUUUUUCGCCAACCAACUAGAAGCAAAGGGGGUGAACUCCAGAAACUCACGAAGACCUCCUCCCAGUUCGGUGAACACAGGCGGGGUGACGGAGAUCAUGGCAGAGGGCGGCGAGCUGGAGUUCGUCAAGAGGAUCAUUCAUGACAGCCUGCAGCUGAAGAAAAGGCUGCGGUGGUACAGUUGUAUGUUGGGGAAGAAAUGCAGCCUGGCACCUUUGAAGGAGGAGCUGAGGAAGCAAGGGGUGCCCAAAGUGACCCACACAGAGUUCUGCCAGGGACGGACCAUGCGGUGGGCGUUGGCCUGGAGUUUCUAUGACGAUGUGGCUGUCCCGUCUCCUCCCAAUAAGAAGCGUAAACUGGAGAAGGCUCAGAAACCGCUGGCAUUCACGCUACCAGAGGCAGGGGUGAAGGAGCUCCAGGCUGCGGCUGCAAGCUGCAGCAGUUCUGUGGACAGCAUCACUGCUCUGAUAGAGAAAACUCUCACUGAGCUGCGGGUGCUGCAUAAGCGUGUCCCCUGCAGACAGCAGGAGCAGAGCCUCUUAUUGACUGCGGUGGAAAACACCUGGAUCCACGGCCGUCAGAAGAGGCGUGAACAGACCCGUCAGCUCCGAGAGCUUCCCAGGGCGCCCCCCGGUAUCGGAACCUCUGUGCAAACCGGCGCUGGUUCAGUUUCCACCCAAAACCAGCCCAUCUCCACGGUUUCCUCAAAGGAGUUGAGUUCAGAAGCAGUGACCACAGCUGGAGGACAAGAAGUGGAAGAAUUACCAGGAAAUGCAGGGGAUGAGGAUGUGGAUAAGAGUUCCUCCCUCUGUGCAGAACCAGGACGGAAAAUAGACCAGAAAACUCCUGCUGAUGCAACCACCAGUGACAACGGACGGCCCGGGACCCCCAGUGGAAACGAGCACUUUCUGUUCAAGUGUCUGCUGAAUGUGAUUCCAGAGGGAAGGGAUGUAGGGAUUGAGAUGCACUGGGUCGAAGGUCAGAACAAAGACCUGAUGAAUCAGCUGCGUACAUACCUUAGAAACACUCUUUUAAAAUCUGUUGGGAAGGUGUGAUGCUCAGGGAGACUGGGGCUAGUUAGGGGGUCAUGUUUUAAAAUUGUGAAGUAUUGAUUUAGAAAUUAUUUCUACAGUUUUAUAAAAUUGAAAAAAGGCUCAUGUUGAUUGAGAUUUUAUAUUCCUUUUUUUCUUGUUAGGUUACCUUUUAAGGUAAUUUUUACUCUUAAAAUAAAAGCUCUGUUGAAACUUUA